GUGCGGAAUCAGGCGUGCGGCGGGCAGGCCUGGAGGGGGCGGGUCCGCGCGGGCCUCAGUGCCGCUCGCCAGGCCUGCGGAGAGGAGAGGAGGAGAGGAGAGGGAGGUCACAGCGUGAAGGUGUAUCCGCUACGUCCGCGUCCGCUGCCUCUGAGAGCUGCGAGCGUCGGGAAACACCAUGUCCUACUGCCGGCAGGAAGACCUUAGCCAGACCUAACUAAGGGUGGAGGGUCCUGAGAAGGUUGAACCCUCAGAGGGCCUGUUACAGAAGAGGGAAGGAGAUCUCACUUUGAGGAAUGCUCCAAAUUUGUCCUGCUCAAGUUCCUUUCUUCUCACCAUGUCUGGCCCUGGACAUGCUUCAGAGAGGCUGGUGCCUGGGCCAUUUUCCCAAAGGGAAGGAUCGGAUCAUAUUUGUGACCAAAGAAGACCAUGAAACUCCCAGCAGUGCAGAACUGGUGGCUGAUGACCCCAACGAUCCCUAUGAGGAGCACGGAUUGAUUCUGCCCAAUGGAGACAUUAAUUGGAAUUGCCCAUGUCUUGGGGGAAUGGCCAGCGGCCCCUGUGGGGAGCAGUUCAAGUCUGCCUUUUCCUGCUUCCACCACAGCACAGAGGAGAUCAAGGGGUCAGACUGUAUAGACCAGUUCCGGGCCAUGCAGGAGUGCAUGCAGAAAUACCCUGAUCUCUAUCCGCAAGAUGAAGAGGAAGAGGAGGCAAAGCCAACGGAGCAGGAAGAGGAAACAACCGACUCUAAGGCCUCUGCAGCCAAAGAGCAGGGGUCAAGUUCCUGAAGGCCAGUGGGCCCUGGCUGCCACUCCAUGGGACUUUCUGCACAAUGCCUUUUGGUCACCUCUGUGAAAGUUCUCUCCCUUUGUGCACUGUAAUAUACAAAAUAACUUAUUUUAAUGAUCAGGGUUUCUGGCUACUUGCCAUAUACACUGAAGAAAAGGGGCUGUGUGCACCUGUGUCCUGCAUAAACCUGUCCUUGAACAUUAGGCCACUGCUGGAUGAACUCUGUGAUUGCCCUGGAUUUUGCCACUUUGAAAUAAUGUGCUGAGACUUUCUCAGCAAUCAAAAGUUAUUACUCAGGAAAGUUUAUUGUGAGAAAGCUGAUUUAUUCUGAUCCAUUGUAUCCCUUUUGGUAGACUUCACACCUCUUUGGGAAAUUAAGUAAGUACAUGCCAAAACUCCUUCAAGAGUGGGUGUAUUCCUGCAGGAAGAGGCUGGUGGUCAGGUCCUGGAGCUGGAGUGCAUACAGCUGCUGCCUUGCUCCUGACAGCCAAGUGUCUAUGUUUGCAGUCCAUGUCCAGGAGUUGAACCCUGUGACUCGAAGUCUCUCCCAAGAGAAAGGAGAGGCUGAGUUUUCUGUUUAUUGUUUUGUUGUUCCGAAAGCCCUGGUUUGGGGCCCAUGUUCACUCAGAUCUGAUAUUGAGGUGGGGACCUAGCUGCUUCCAGAGCAGACGCCAACGAGGAAUGUCUGAAUGAAGUACUCAAUUAAAAAGAAACAAUUUCUGUCCGA